CGACAUCAUUUUGAAGGUCUGUAAUGUAAUAUAUAUUUCAUAUGAUGUUUUAUUUGAAAUUACUUUUAUUGAAAAUAUUUCAUAUACAUUAUACUUUAUAAAACUAUUUGUUUUAUAUUUUAUGUUUGUUUAGUGACCUAUAUUAUAUUUAAUAUUUUAGUGACUUGCAUUGCGCAAUAUUAGCAUAUCAAAGGCGAGUGGGCGUGGUCGCGUACGGCUGUGAGAUUCCGUUGUGCAGAACUUUCUUCCACAUUCGUGGAGCUGAAAGUAAUCACAAGACGACCACUGGAGACGAUAAUCCCGUGCUGAGGGUCCGAGAAGGUUUUUACACACUGUUUUUAAAGGAUAUGUCAAAACAAAAUAACUUUACAUCUGGUGGAGUUUUGCGUGUCUUUCGAGCUUACUGGACGUGACUAAAUAUUAUAAUGGGGCAGUAUGCGGAAUAGUGGAUCUCCUUUAAUUUCUUGAUUUGGACAUUAUGUUUUUUACACGAAAACGAGUCGGGACUACAUUACUAUUUUAGUGGUUCUCAUUUUAUCCACGUUACACGCUUUUCCUGUGAAUUGGUCUGUGCUUGUUUGCUAUUUAAAUGUUCACGUUUUCUGUUUAGGUCGCUGGGUCGUUAGUGUCAUAUUUCUGCAGCAUUAUUAACAUGAAACAUCUUCAGGUACAUAUUCUUUUGUUAGCUCUGUCAUGGACACAAGCAUUAGAUUUAAAGUCAUCCACUGUCUCACAUUACACAGGGACACAGGAAGGACAUGCACAAAUUCAAUCAAACAGUUUUGUCAAAACAUACAGAAAUGUACAAUCUAAUGGCAAGUUUUCAAGUUUUUCCAGCUUCGGGAACACCAACAUAUUAGGGAAGCCUCAGAAUGACCAGAACAUGGGCUCUAUUCGAAUUCCUACACGAAGGGUACAGAAAGGGAAAAGACCGAUACCAAAAAAGAAGCCCAGUUUAACUAACAGUACAUCUGCUCAUGAGCCAAGUCCAGUUAGACAGACGCCUCAGUCUACACCGCUGGGUGUCUCCAAUGCCACCAGCUCUAUCAACAUCCUGGCUGGUUUUGCUGGUAAAAACCGUGUGCUGGUCAUUUCAGCCCCCAAUGACUCGAAUGGAUAUUACAGGUUAAUGAUAAACCUUCUGAAGCCUGGGGUGUACUGUGAGAUGGCGGAGAGACACAUGCAGCAGAUUAUAAUGUUUCAUGAAAAGGGGGAAAGGGGAGGCAAGGUGAUACGUGUUAGCAACCAGGGAUCUGUGGUUGAGGAGUCUCUGAAUCCAUCCCUGGUACCCCGGCUGAUGGCCUUUUUAAAGCUGGAGGAAGGCAAGUUUGGGAUGGUGCUACUAAGGAAGACCUUGCAAGUGGAAGAAAGAUACCCAUACCCCGUGCAGUUGGAGGCGAUCUAUGAAGUGAUAGACCAGACACCUAUGCGCAGACUGGAGAAGGCCAGGCAAAAGGACUUUGUGCAGAAGUGCAAAGUUGCAGGCGUCGAGGGGCAGGUGGUGCAAUCUUUCGCCUCAAAUACAGGUGGUUUGCAGACCCGGAUGAACACAGCACUCAACCAGACAGCUCAGGCACAAAUACCAACCACCAUUGUUACCACUACAAAAAAUACAACAGCGACAAAACACACAAGAACGACUACUCUGAGAACUACAACCACAAAACCUCCGACUACAACUACUGUAGAAACCACAACAUCCCCCACAACCACUUUUCCUUUAACGACAACAACUGCUUUAACCACAAACAUACCAACCACAGAGAAGCAAGCAGAUCCACACACAACAGUACAUUGGACCACGGCUGAGCCAAACACAUCCGAGUCAGUCCACCAGCCCUCACCACCAAUCCUUUACAAGAGCACAGCAACUCCCUCUAUCAUCUCGGAAAAACAUGUAGACCACACGGAAAAGACUACACAAGCAUACAAACAGAGGCCUAAAAACAAACAGCCUGUGGUUAAAAAGGUAUGGAGCGAGAAGGUUAGUCAGCACGCAAAGGAAUAUGACACACACAGACCCACUGCUAACAAACCAGGGAAAGAUCGCAUGACCACACAAAAGGGGAAAACCAAAGCUGACGAUGCUGACAAGAAAAAGAAGACCAGUAAGUCUGAAAAGCCAUCGAAAAAGACGCCUGCAGGAAAUGAAAGGCCAAAAGUUACAAAGGAGACAAAUGGCAGUCUUCAAAAUAAAAAGGCUGGAAAAAGGCCAAAAGUUUAUGAAGAGAGGACUGCUAUGGGUCAGCCAGUCGAUCCCAAGAAAUCUCUAGAAACCUUUCUGAGUUACUUUGAGAGGAGACGACGCCUCAUAGUAAUUACUGCUCCAAAUGAGCAGAAUCAUAUGUACAGUGAGCAGAGAGAUGAAUACCUAGAGCAAGUGUGUAAUAUGGCCCUGCGAAAAAUUUCCAUCAUAACCAUUUUCGGGCCCCUCAUGAACAGCACCAUGAAGAUUGAUCACUAUCAAACAGAACAGGAUAAGCCUUUGCGUGGCCUGCCAGGCAAUGACCUCAUCAACCAGGAGCUCAUCACCGCAUUUCGAAAGCAGUUUGGGAUGAUAAAUAAUGAUUUUAACAUGUUGCUGACUGAUUUUGACAUGAAAGUCAUGCAACGAUACGAAGUCCCGAUUGUCAUGAAAGCGGUGUUUGACUACAUUGACACGCUGUCAACCCGCAUUAAAGAGGUGGAACAGCAGAGGAAGCUUGGCGUCAUGUGCGGUAAAGAAGAUAAAUCAAGAUCUUUAGAGAACUUUCUCUCUAGAUUUCGUUGGAGGAGGAGACUGCUUGUAAUAUCUUCCCCUAGUGAUGAAGAAUGGGCUUUUCAACAACAAAUUUACACCAUUAACAGUCAAGCCUGCAACCUGGGGCUGCGUCACGUAUCUGUACUGAAACUUUUUGGGAGAACCCUUCAUGACAUAAGUGGAGUCCUGGAGCUCUAUCCCAUAAAUGGUAGUGCAUCAGUGGACCGUGAGGACCUGUCAGCCUCUUUGGUGCAGGACAUCAGAAAUUACUUCCAGAUCAGCCAAGAAUAUUUCUCCAUGCUGCUUGUUGGGAAAGAUGGCAAUGUGAAAUCUUGGUACCCCUCCCCUAUGUGGUCAAUGUCAAUCAUUUACGAGCUGAUCGACUCUAUGCAGCUUCGCAGGCAGGAAAUGGCCAUCCAGCUGUCUCUCGGCAUGCGUUGCCCUGAUGACGACCACAGUCAUCAUGAUAGUUAUCAUCGUGGGUAUGACUAUUAGAAAUAGAGGAAAAGCAUGUCUAUGAACUUGUGCACUGCCUAACAAUGUGAAACACAAUAGUUGAAAGGUCUGAAAAUCGUGUUUUGCCUUAGAAAUAUUAAGUAGAUUGUUUUUCUUACUCGGCAGCCCUGUGUAGACCUCUCACUCUUGAUAUUUACAUUUGCUCUGAUCAAUAAGUAUAUUGUUUUAAAUUUUUGUUAUUGAAGUUGUAUUUAUUUUACAAGUAACUUGAAUAUCAUUGCAUGUCAAUAUUAUGUUAGUUAAACAUCUUUAAAUUGUUAGUUAAACAACAAUAUGUGUUAUUAUAGUUGUAUUUUGACAAACUAAUUAGUUUGAGAAAAACCUGAAUUUAUGUAUACAUUAUAAAACAUAUUCUGAUAUAUUGUUUGUAUUAGCCAGUUAAAUUUUACCACCCCCUGCCUGACAUACAUUUUUGCAGCGAAACCAACGGAA